AUGACUGAUCAUCAUUUGCACGGAGGGUCAGACGAUGAUGGGGUGUGCCAUUGUCGCCCCGGAGCAGCUGCUCAAACGCUCAACGAGAUGGAUUUCGAGAGGGGAAUCUGGACAGCAGCUCUCUAUGAUGACCUCGAUCGCCUGGAUGUUGCCAUAAAGCGAGGAGCCACAAAUGAUCGCGAUAAUUCCGGCUACACUGCUCUGCAUUAUGCCGCGCGUGCGGGUCAUCUGGAGGCAUGUCGUCGCCUUCUGUCGGCCGGCGCUGAUGCCAAUUGCACCACGAACGGCGGCGUGACGCCACUGCAGCGCGCCGCAAUGAUGGGCCGACUGGAAAUUGUAAAGUUCCUCUGCGAAAAAGGCGCCGUGGCCGAGACGAGAGACUCUGAUGGACAGAAUGCGCUGCACAGAGCCGCUCAAGGAGGUCACAAGGAUGUCGCUGUAUAUCUGAUGGGCAGAAAUCCCCGCCUGAAGAACACUCAAGAUCACCGAAGCAGAUUUCCAAGUGAUCUUGUUGCGAAGGAUGAAAACUUGCGGCGAUUGUUGGCGCCAGAUUCACAGUGUGAGUAAGAAGAAGAAAGAAGAAAAAUGUUGAGUCUCAUUUCGCAAUAUUCUUCAGAGGCAAUUUUAAUCUAAUUGUUACAAUGAAUUACAUUUUAAAAUACAGAGUUUUUCUUUGUGACUUUCAAUUGAUUUUUCCUCCAUUUAAUGUUGUUUGUGUGUGUGUUUCCCAAACUCGUUUCGCACAAUAUCCAUCAUAAUUUAAUGUACAAAAUGAAUUUUUCCUCACUAAAGAGAUGCAAAGAAUCAUUCAACAUUCCUUAUAAAGUUAUUCAAUCAAUUAGAAUUUAUCCAUGAAGAAGCGAUGAAACACUAAAAUGUGUACUUUAUAUGCUAACAAUCUUUGCUUGUUAUAAUUUAAAAACGACAUACUGUCCAUAAGUAAAUAAUCGCAUUAAUUACCUAUUUGGGUCAUUAAAUUGCAAACCACUAAUAACACGCUCAAUGAAUACAAACAGAACACUUAUAUAUGAAUUUUAGGUGUCACACUACCGCUGGUUAAUAUCUCAUAGAGGUUUUUUCCUAAAUAUAGUCUAGAAUUUAUGGUUGAAAUUCAAGGAUUGCGAAGCUUCAAUUCAAGGACAGCGACUUAAACUGCCUUGAACUCAUGAGAAAAUGUAAAUAAAUGCAAGUUUUGCGUCUUGAUUCUUGAGGAGAGGAAGAAAAAAGAUUAUUAUUUUGCUUCUGAUAAAUUUGCCCCAAAAAAACGAAACUUCUAAAUGUGAUUUUUUAAUGAAUUUUUUCCUUAGAAUGGCACUAUAUAUGUAUUUUUUUUAUUAUUACUAAUCAUAUGCACGUUUUAUCCCUGAAUUUCUUUCUCCUUUUCCCUCUCUCUCUCUCUCUCUUUCUACACUUUUGUGAAUUCUUAAAGAGUAUUUUUUCUGAUUUCUGAGUCUUGGGAAACACUGCAAAUGU